AUGAAGUUUGGGACUCAGAUAUUGGAUAAGUCUGUUCCUGAAUGGAAACUUCACAAUAUCGAUUAUCAGCAGUUGAAAGUUGGUAUCAGACGAUGUACUACGGUACGAGAGGGCCAGGACCCAGAAUUUAGACCUAAUAGUAUCGAAGAUGAUCCUGAACUACGAUCUUUGAAGAAGCUGUUUCGGUCGCAAUUCGAGAUGAUUAAUGUUUUCAUCUCGAUGAAGUUGAAAGAGUGCAGUACACGGAUCGUUUCGAUAGAGAAUUAUUUGACUCAGUUGCAUUUGAUUAAGGAUGAGAACAAAAAGUUACGUAGGAUCAAGUUAAUCAACCAGCAUUUGGAUAGGUGUAAUUUAGAAUUGCAGAAAUUGUCCAGGUAUUUGAUUUUGCAAAAGAUUGCAGUGAGGAAAUUGUUUAAGAAGUUCUUGAAACACUACCCGUACGGUACGCAGUUGGCACAGGAGUUUAUCAACUCGUUGAAGAAUUGUCCAGAAUUUAAGGAGGGCCAUGAAGGUGUAUCUAUGUUGACUGUGGAUUUGGAUCCAUACUUGCUUGAGAUUUCGUUGAUCGUUGAUCUUUUGCAUGAAAUGGAACAGGAUGCUGACCAGCAACCUGUUGAUUCUGGUAAUACCAAAACUGGCAACACAUCGAAUUCUCGGGCCAAUUCUAACGUUGGGAUCACUUCAGGCACUGCUCCGUCUUCGAGGAAAAGUUCCGUGGUCUCUUCAUCGCAUGUUAUAGACAGUACUUUGAAAUUCGACCAUUAUUUCUUAUCGAAGUUCAACCCCUUAGGGUCAUUUUUAAUAUCAAAGGAAAGUGAGGAUGAAAUUAAGUUCCUGUUGAUUAACCUUGGUUUCUGUUUGUUUGAUGACUCCGUGAUAGCUACUUCUAAAAAAAUCUUAAGCGGGGAUGCUCUCUUGUCUAAGAGAAAGGGAUCCAUUAAAUCGUUACGUAUGUUCAGAGACGCUCAAAGGGAAGAAGCUGCGUCUAGUUCCCAACGACGUGACACAGAAUCAAGCCCUCCAGUAGGGUCACCGGAAUCUGACCCCGGUUCUAAUAGGUCACAACAAUUAUCGAAUUCUUCCUCAUCUGCUCAUAAUAUUCUUUUCGAACCGUUGGCAAAGCCUGGCGCUGAUGUCACCAACCUUUACAAUUCCACCGAGGAAAAUCUUUUCCCGAAUUUGUUAGUAUCUUAUCCGAGCUCCAACGAUUCCAUCCUGCUUUGCCAUGUCGGUGGCCUUCGUAAUCAUAUAUCUACUGACACCAUCGAAUAUACUGAUAUUAAAGCUGUAUUAAACGGAUGCGAACCAUCGUUGAUGCCAGUAUCUAACAGACUAGACGAAUUUUGUCGCGAUUGGUGUUACUCACAUAACCUCAAGACCACAGAUCUCGUCAUCAAAUGCAGAAGAAGCAGAUUUAUUAUUAGUCAUUCAUCGAUUGAAACUAACAACGACUAUCUGAUUUGCAUUGACGACAAUAUCGAGAUAAACGAUAACAAACUUCCAUUUGCAGUACUAGAAGUGAAAAUUCUCGAAGCAACUUCAUCGUCGUCUGUACCAAAUAAGACCUAUUCCAAGAAACACAUUGAUCCAAUAAUGGUAGAUCUUACGGAGAAACUAGUAACGGAUAACCUUUCCGUUUACCCUACAGGUAGGAAUUUUACUCUUUGGGAAAUGGCUGGAAAAAUAGCAGGAGGUAGCAAUCCACUUGCAUGUCUCGAUGGGAACCUCAAUUUUGAGUCCGUAGAAGAGAUGUUCGGAGCUGGUAACGCUCUUUUGAAGAAGACUCACGACAGGUAUCAAUCACUGCUAAACCCACCUACAAUAGAAUUUUCCCAGUCAUCAUCCCAAAACACAGCCGUGAAUAUCUCACCUACUGUAACAGAACGUGAAAAGCCUAGAAUUCGUUACUGGAAUGAAUUUGAUGACGGAGAAGAGGCAAUGGAUCAGGACUUUUAUUCCUGUCUUGACGAAGACGAUGACGAAUACACACACGAUACUGGUCUCAUCAGAUUUAACCCAUCAUUCAUAAUUGCCAUCUAUCAUCUCUUAUCGAAGUUCCAAAUUGCAUUCGGUAUAAUUGACGACGUCCAAGCUAGGAAAUCUUUAUUAAGAGAUGCAGGUAAGUCCUACAACUCAAUAGACACUGACACUUCCAUACUUACUUCUUCUUCUUCGGAAAGAAACGACGUGAAUAAGUUUUGGGAACUCGAAGAACAAAAUUCAGAAUCAAUAUAUGAGUUCGAGCAUGACCAGGUGAUAUCUUUCUUCUAUGUUUCUUCAUUGCUAAUAUCCUGUUUGACUACAGGCGUAACCAUUGGUAUCAUGACAUCUUUGUUCAAAUCACUCAACGAUGAUACACAACUAGAAAACGAAACUUCUAUUUUGACGAUGAUAUUCAUAUCAUUAUCCAUAUCCUUAAUUCUCGGUGCAUGGUCUUUGUUAUUAAUGUUUUCAAGAUUCACGUUUGCACCUACUUGGCAUUAUAUUACUGGUGUUGUGAUCUUCAUUAUCAUAAUCUUUGCAGUAUGUUAUGGAUUUAUAGAGUUGAUAUUGUAA